CGAAUAUGUAAAUGAUUUCCCGGACAAAUAACGGAUAGCUAUGAGUAAAGCAGGGACUGAAAAGACCCCUCGGCGUGCAAGACUUUGGUGAAGCGAUCCCCCGUGCACCCAGCGCUGCCGAAUAAAGACACCCUCCGCUCGCUCGGAUGUUGGUGACGGAUUCUUUCAUCCCCCGGCGAGAGGCGCCGCUCGGCCCUACUGGCGCAGCGAUGCGCUGCGGCGGCUGCGGCGCCUCCGACCCGCUGCUGCCCCGGUUGCCGCCUGGCGACGGCUGCCCCGCGGCCUGCAGCUCGGCGGGGCUGGCGGCGGCGAUACGGAAGGAACAGCCGCUCGGGACAGCGGCAGCCCCCCGGCGGCAGGACUGGCCGGAUACAUGCGUACCGCUCUCUUUUUGGAGAACAGUUGCAGGAACUGUCAUCGUUGUUUCUGUGAUUCUGCUGUGCAUGAGGGUUACCUUAAAAGGUCCACAGCUGGAGACGUGCCCUGAUGACUGGCUGUACUACCAGAAGAAGUGUUACUAUCAUUCAGAAGCUGUAGCAAGUUGGAAUUCCAGUCAGAAGUCCUGCUCUCGCUAUGGCGCUUUCCUUGCAGUGAUUGACAGCCACCAAGAGUUGAACUUUAUAAUGUACCGACUGCGUGUAACAGACUUCUGGAUUGGGCUGCGCAGGAAAGGAGGCAAAUUCUUCUGGGCGAAUGGAGAGUCAUUUGAUACAAAGUUGAUUGAUUCAACACUCAGCCAGCACAGACAGGGCUUCUUAAGACCAACUGAGGUGCUCGGGACCACGUUGCAAGAUUUCAUGUCAAUACAACAAAUGACGGAAACUGUGUCUGUAUAGAUUCACCCUUCAUCUCUACGAGAAGGUGCUCCUCGCUCAGGGACUCGCUUUGCACCAUUGAUCUGUUUAAUGCCUAGACAAACUCUUAACAGGGAACAGCUGGCUGUGCAAAUACAGAGCCUUUCUCUACAAGAAGUCGGAAUUCAGAAUAUUGAAAGUUCAUCAUUUCAGAAAACGGACGUCUGGUUGCUGUAGGAGGUCCAUGAGGGCAAGAGGUGCUGUGGCAAGGAUCAUACCUAAACUUCUCCAGGAGAAGCAUACAGGGAGUAAUAGUGACUCCAUGUGAAAGAGGCAAUUAGUUAAGAAGUGGCAGUACCGAGAGGAAACAAAGAUACAAUGGCUGUGGCAAAGAACAAAAGUUGCAUCUUGGUAAUACAGUUUCAUUGUUGAAACUACUGAAGAACACAGCAAUGUAUACUUUCAUUGAGAACUCUCCACUUAAUAAAUGAUAAUAAUCAUGAUAUCUAAUUAUCACUUAAAUAAUGCAAAGCCUUAUUUUUUAAAGCAGCUAAAAGCAUUGUUGGAUGGACAUGAAGGUCUUACUGAAAACACAGUUCAUAGUGAACGCAGUGAUGUUUUAUCUGGUCCUCUGGAGCUCUGUAAAUCUUUUUCUGAGAACUUCCAGUUUGUCUUUGUGGUAACUGUGUGAAAUUUCAUAAGGUGUUUUGACUUCCCUCCCCUUCUUUUCCCAUGGGUGCGGGAGGGGGCCUGGAAAUCAGGACCGUAGGUGGCAAUCAGUUAGCUGAGGGGAAUGUGCUCGAGCUUGUAGGUCAUGAACCCUGGGAGGACAAGGAGUGUGAACAGAUAACAAUUAACAGGAUGAGUGGGAACAGGUAACAAUUAACAGGAUGAGUCCUGCCGAGGGAGGAUAGGGGAGUGAGAGGGAGGAAGGGAUGGGCCAAGGAGAGGUAACACUUUGCUGUUAAUUGAUGACUGUAAACACUUACUUAAAGUGUCCUUUGUUUGUAGUUAACCACCAAUCAGGGGUUGCCUAGUAUGUAAUGGAAUCACUCUGUUUAAAGCGCGCAGCUUCUGAAAACAUAUAAACUCGUGGUUGUGUACGAUAAAUCGACAUUUGCUUGCA